CAGGGGGGUAAUUGAAUUGGGGGUGCGGACAAGACCGAAAGACUUACGCAGGACUUGUGGAGGAAAAUGUAACGCAUCAGAUGCUAAAGAAUCGGCUUCCAAUCGGAAUAAAGGGGCGAAAUUCGGUAUAUAACUUCACGUAGUAAGUAUACCUACCUAAGUACCUAGAAAAUACUAGGACUUAUAGAGUUAUUGCGACGAUACCUAUCAUCCUUCGUUGCCAAGGAGGCUUGAUACGAAUUGCGUUUACACUUCCAACAUAAUCGUCUUUAUACCUAGAGAGGUAUCUGCUAAGACUUUUCAAGACUCCUAUAGUUGGUUGGUAGGUACCUUGCUGACCUAAACUAACCUUUCUUGAAGAAACGAUGUUAUACUGCUAAUGUAUAGACGCGGCGCCAGGUUCCUGGAUUUUACCAACAUUAAAAACCCAAGAACCAAUUGCGAUGUUGGGCGUGGUCAGCAGUAUAUUCUAGAUUCUUUUCGGGCCUGGAAACCAAAACCAACAAUAACGACAUGUGUUCCAACAGAGGUCACAUGCCGCUUUAUAGCGGCCGACAAUUCACCCGUAUAUACUACUCUUGUACCACAAUCCCACCGUGUCGUUCGAUAUGGAUUUCUGCACGUCGCCGACUAUCAUCUGCCGGUCGAAUAUCCUACAGGGGCCUGGAUGUGUAGUAAAGAUGUAUGCGUCUCUCGGAGACAAGAUAGUUGAAGUCUCCUAUACUUCCACCAGAUGUUCCACAAUGUCAACGCUUGUCGACUACUUCUCUUCAACCCCCUGGUGUGCCCGUCUGCUUCAGGGGCCAGCGAUUGUACCAUUUUUGCCGGUCUCACGUGAAGAUCCUAGCCAAGAACUUCCUGAAGGGUGCCCGCGAUCGCAAGAUCAGUUCUUCAAGCGCGUCCUCUAUAACGACGAAGCCGUCCCUCAUAUUCUCGGGUUCUACCAAGACCCAUUUUUGGACCCCGCAGGCGGACACCCCGACCUGCCGUUUGUGAUCCGAUCUAUAUCUCUCCUAUGCGAUCUCCGCCCCGGUCUAAGCGGGUUCAACGGGACAGUUCAUGGCGGGUUCAUCGGCGCUGCUAUGGACCAAGCUAUGGGAACCUUGAUCUACCAUAAUUACGUCGUUAAUAAAGACGCCAAAAUAAAAGGUUUGCUUCCAUCGUCGGCUGCAGAUUUCACGAGAGUGGUUCAUGCCACGGCAAGCAUGGAUGUACGUUAUCGCCGACCACUACCGAGUCCACAAAUCGUGAUCGUAACAGCGACCCUGGAUCGAGUGGAGGGAAGGAAAACGCAUUUACGCGUAUUCGUAAGGGGUAAAGAAGGGGAAGAAUACGCCAGUUGCCAUGGCACGUGGGUAGCGCUUUCAAGGGGGAAGCUUUAAUCCUUCUGGGGUAUAUAAUGCUAGCUUUGUCCCCC